UUUAACAUACGUGCAUAUUCCUAUUUGAAUAGUCACUGAACUCUGGCAUGUGAGGAGAGAAGAGAGAGCGAGACAGAGAGGGAGGGAAGUAGAGAAAGAAAAAAAAAGGGUGCUCUUCUGAGGCAGCUCCAGUCUUUCUUCUUUAACCCCACCCACGGGCGCAUUUCUCAACACUGGCGUUCGUCUACCUGACGCAAGGGACUUUCAUCUGUGCGUUAAAGGACUAAAACGACUUUAAAACAGGAAUAAAUAAGUGGAAAUAUAUCUAAUCAGGCGUCUUUGAACCCAAUAUGAAGUAAAGCAUCUGUCGGUUUGAAGAUAAACUACGACUAGAGAAGAAUUCCAUUUUUGACUUUCAGGCAAGGACAUGGACUGGAAGACUUUCCAAGCCCUCCUCAGUGGGGUGAACAAAUACUCCACGGCCUUCGGGAGAAUAUGGCUGUCUGUGGUGUUCGUGUUCAGGGUGAUGGUGUAUGUGGUGGCGGCGGAGCGAGUUUGGGGCGACGAGCAGAAAGACUUUGACUGCAACACCAAGCAGCCCGGCUGUGCCAACGUCUGCUACGACCACUUCUUCCCCAUCUCCCACAUCCGCCUGUGGGCCCUGCAGCUCAUCUUCGUCACGUGCCCCUCCUUCAUGGUGGUCAUGCAUGUCGCCUACCGUGACGACCGCGAGCGCAAGCACCAGGCCAAGCACCAUGACAACACCAAGCUGUACAGUAACACAGGUAAAAAACAUGGCGGCUUGUGGUGGACCUACCUGAUCAGCCUCAUCGUGAAAACGGGCAUCGAGGUCUCCUUCCUCUACAUCCUCCACUGGGUGUACGACAGCUUCUACCUGCCGAGGCUGGUCAAGUGUGAGGUAGCGCCCUGCCCCAACCAGGUGGACUGCUACAUCGGCCACCCCACAGAGAAAAAGGUCUUCACCUACUUCAUGGUCGGCGCCUCGGCCCUCUGCAUUGUCCUGAACAUCUGCGAGAUGGUCUAUCUCAUCUCCAAGCGCGUCGCAAGGUGCGCGAACAAGAUCAAGAGGCGCCACCGCCACGUACCCGUGCUCCAGGACGACUUCAAUGACGACCCCUUCAACAACUGCAGCCAGCCGGUGUCGAGGGAGGACAUGAAGGGCCAGCCGGUGUCGAGGGAGGACAUGAAGGGCCAGCCGGUGUCGAGGGAGGACAUGAAGGGCCAGCCGGUGUCGAGGGAGGACAUGAAGGGCCCGCCGGUGUCGAGGGAGGACAUGAAGGGCCCGCCGGUGUCGAGGGAGGACAUGAAGGGCCCGCCGGUGUCGAGGGUGGACAUGAAGGACAAGCCCCCGUCCUUCAGGUCUGCGUUCAAGUCUUCACACAGACCUUCCAUGUUGAAGCUUGAAGAUAAGACAUAUAUGUCUACUCCCAACCUGAGCAUUGCUUCAUGAUCAGGAAUCAGGACAAGCUCAGUGGAGUUUAGGUCGAGAACCUAAUGACAAACUUCCAAAAUAACGCAGACUCACAGUUUGGAGCAAAGCUACAGUAUGAGUAAGACUCUGGAAGCUGAGUCAUCACAACUGGAUACCAUCCUGUGGGCCCCUGUGUCCACAUCUAGAGACUCUUUAGGAGCAUGAACUUUGGUUUCCAAGCCAACAUUCAUAAUAUUUACUGGCGAUUUAGAGCCAAAUGUACGUGUUCAUGAUAAGUGAGGUUCCUUUUUGAAUACAAUAAAGGUCGUUUCGAGCUUCACCCUUUCACCCUCUAUAAGAACUAAUCAGUAAAAUUUCACUCAUUUUGUCCUGGGAUAGGAGUUUUGACACAGGAAGGAAACAAGGCCUGUGCGUACAGCGACAGGACACACCUGGCAGAGGUAUUCACCCUCCCUGCCAGUGUUGACAGUGGUGUGUCAGGGUGCUCUGUUGUCACUGGCAUAUUCCAGUGAUCUCUUUUGUUUUAUUCAAACUUAGGUCAUGGCUUCAUAUGACAUGUUCCGUAUCCCGAUGAUCUCAAGUGUCGAGGCUCCCUGAGUCCUGCAGUUAUGGCUGAGUAAUACUUGAAGAUGUGCAAACUGGCCCAAAAUGACUUUGUUAUUAUCGCAUGUAUUCUCUUGGACAAGAUUAAUGACAGCAACCGGAAUCGAAAUGUAGUAUGCUGUGUAUUUCUUUGUCUUACAUCCUGUGCAGACAUUUGCUCACAGCUCUCAGGUUUAUGCUGCCAAAGCCACAAGUUGCUGAGACUGCUGACAUCCUUGUGCACAACCUCGCCUCAUGAGACCACUGUUGAUUUAAAUUAGGUGAAAGGAAUGCUGCUGUUUGACUCUGUUGCUGGAGCUGGCACACAGUGGCGGAGGUGGGAGGCAGCUCGGACGAAACGCACUGCUCACUGAACUAUGACGUGAUUUGUGAGUCAACAAUCGUCGCACAUCAGCUGGAAAUGUAUUUUCUGCCCUUGUUACCAAUGUUGUUGUUUUUUAUAUAAAAUU